GUAAAAAAGUUUAAAUCAACACUUUAUGUAAUCGAAAGUGAAUGCAGGCUUCUCGUAUUACAGCUAACAAAGAAUAACAUAAAAGCUAAUUCCUGCGUAUAAUAAUAUCUCUAUAAAAAAAUUAGCAAUCAGUAAGAUCGAAAUUAAGGCUCGAAACAAACGAUGGUAGCGAGUGCAUGCUCAUGAAAAAUCCUUAUCCUACACGAGAUUCUCGAGCAUGAAAGAAGCCAUUCCCUUUUAAUCCACUUCCUCCUUUUCGUGGGACGACAGCAUUUUGUGGCAUCGCCGGCCGAAGCGAUUUCCCGUGUCGGGGCUUUGAGUUCCCAUUCACGUCGCAGCCGUCCCGCGAGAAAGUAUAUACCUCCAGAACUGCUGCCGCAGAUACAUACGUAGACCGAAUAUCGCGUGCCGGCACACGAAACUCGCGCGUCUCACUUAUCGCCUCUGUGUGAAAGGCGUGGAUAGUUGGUAUACUUACGUUUUCAAAGUUUUUCUGCUUUUUCUAUACGCGCGUAGGUAUAUUUUAUAUAGUUGAAACGCGAGAGUUUGUGCUUCAACGACAAAGUGCAGCUGUAUAGGUGCAAAGGUGCUGCGCGCAUGCUAUUUGGAGGACCGAGAAGCGUGUCCUUUUUUUGAAAGCAAGGAUUGUUGGGAAGCAGCACCGCGAUUCCGGUGAGUCCGUAUGCAUUCGAGGUCAGCCUCGAAUUUUUGUAAGGUGCUAUGUAUAGUCGAAGAAUAUAAUUGAGAAAGAUAUAAUUGUAGAAUAUUUUUCAAAGCCUCAAACGCUAUUUAAUUGCAAGAAAAUUAUAAGAUAAUAUAAUUUCUUGCAUCAGAUAAAUAUCCAUAUGCGUGUAUUAUCAUAACGUUUGAUUUUUAAAUAAUUUAUAACAUAUAUAAUCAGUCGGAAAAUGUAAAAACUCGACUGGCUUAUUUAUUGUCCCGGAACUCAUUAUACCUACACAAAAAAGUGCUCGUUCGACGUGUUUUGCUAUGCGAAAAAUUCCAUGAAGAAUUUUUUACAUGUACAUUUCCUGCAUUAAUAAUUCUACGAAACUGUAAAAUUUAUCCCAUUAUUAUAACAAUGCAUUUUUAUACGUUUCUGUAAUUUGGCAGUGUAGUAUAAUACUUAAAAAGCCUAGAUAAUGCUUUUACAUGAAAUUAGUUAGGGUAACAAAAUACAUUGUGCAGAGUUUUUUGUAGAGUUAUCCCGAUGUAAAUAUUCAAAAACCAUGCAAAAUUGCGGGAAAAAAUUCUCAAGUCACCUUUUCUCUAGCAAAUAUAACAUGGUAGUAAACUCAGUUGUCUUGCGUGUUUCUCAAACGAUAAGAUCCACACUGGGUUUGUCGCGUGCUCGCUAAUAUAGCAUCGUAACGAACUCAAGGGUUCAACAAUUAGAAAAAAAAGUUUAAAAUAUCAAAUUGAGUAAACUCAUAAUGAUGUAUGAAAUUCUAUAAUUAGACACCUACUCCUAAACGGCAUCUAAUCUCGACUAUAAUGUAGCUUUGGUUGCAUUCGCAUCAUCCGUGAACAUCUGAAGUGAUCUUUACAUUCUGGUUCAUCGCGUGUGUUAUUCUUUUGCUUCUAACAAUAGAAUUUCUCCAAAAUAAUAGAACUGCAAGGUUAUCUGUAAUCAGAAAAAAAAAUAAUGUUCUUAAGUUCGUGAAUCUUCUAUAACAAUGCACACGAAACUAGUUACUUUAACUCCUCAAAUAAAUUAGCUCCUCACAAAACAUGGUGUAACGUACUGUUGUCUGAUGUUCUCUCUUAAUUAAACUAAAAAUCCAUUUCUUAUUUCAACAUUAAAAAACUAAAAAGAUAACUACUGACCAACAUUUUGACGUCUUGCCCUAUUUCAGCGUGCGACUUCCCUACACAACACACGUGCUGCUAAUUAUUCGACUUUUCUAAAACCAUUUGCAUUCCCCGAACAGCCCAGAGAGUAGCCCAUUGAAAGGCUAAAAUCAGUCGAUAAUAACCGCCUGCGGCAGGCAGCUCAUCAGCGCCAAAAGAGCCGGCCUUUCUCCGACGGAGAAAAAAAAUAAGUCCCCGAAAUAUUUCUCGACAGUAGCUGGGCCCAACAAGAACACGGAAGAAUCUUCCGUUUGCUUGAAGCAUAUCAACGCCGAAGACACGUACGAGGGCCGAAUCGCGAAUGCGGCUCGCGGCUCGUUGGCUCGUGCUCUAAUGACCUACUCCUACGCGGUGCGGCGCUGCAGCAGCAUCGGCAACGAGCGACUGCCGCCACAGCAGCUCGGGCCUCAGUCCUCGGCGACCGGUUCCGAGUCCCGGGUCCUUUCAGCUGCUCGACACGGCUGCGGCCAAUGCCAGCGACGCCUUGACUCGAGGCCCGAACGAGCUGCCAUGGGACGCUCGCAGCACUGCCAGGCGACCUUCGCCGCUAGGUUUAGAAUACGACCGUUUCUUUACGUCGCUUGCUUGGCGAGCGUAAUUGCAAGCUUCCUGGUCGAGGAAGCUUCAGCACAUGGAAGACUGAUCGAACCGCCGUCGAGAGCCUCCAUGUGGAGGUACGGUUUCGACACGCCAGCCGACUACAACGACCAUGAAUCUUACUGCGGUGGCUACACGAGGCAGUGGCAGCGUAACAACGGCAAGUGCGGAAUUUGCGGCGAUGCAUGGGACACCAAGCCGCCACGAGCACACGAGACAGGCGGAAAAUACGGCAACAGCGUGAUCGUGCGCCGCUACCGGACCGGGGCCGUGAUUCCGGUGCGCGUCGAGCUCACUGCCAAUCAUCACGGCUACUUCGAGUUCCGGACCUGUCCCAUGAAGUACCGAGGCCAAGAGGUGACGCAGGACUGCCUCGACGAGUACGUGCUCAAGGGCGAGAACGGCACCGUGCGCUAUUAUCCCGGCGAGGGCAACCGCAUUUUCGAAGCCUACUACAAGCUGCCGGACGAGCUGACCUGCAGCCAGUGCGUCUUCCAGUGGCGAUACGUCGCCGGCAACAACUGGGGAGAUUGCGGCGACGGAACAGGCGCCGUGGGUUGCGGUCCACAGGAAGAGUUUCGAGCCUGCGCCGACAUAGCCAUCGGUGACGAAGAAGCAACUCUGCCGCCUCGUCCUCGUCCUCCGAAGAGGCCGACGACACCAUCGACCGCCAGCGUUCCGUCAUCCACAGAAACAAGCGAUUACUCGCCCGAAUACAGUGGACCUUACUGGCUGUUCAACCUCAUCAUCGCCGGUACGUGCCUCUUGGUUGUUCUGGCCGUCAUGGCACUGCUUUACACGUACUACUAUCACGCUGGCCGGGCGAAGAAGUGGCUCAUGGCUAGGAGACUUCUGACACCCGAACAGCAGCAUCAGCCACCCGUCGCUCCGCCGCGACAAAAGAAACACUACACCACGACCGCUAAUCAAAUGCAGAUCUAAACGAUCGUGAUAAUUGCAUACGAAUACAAAUUUUAUUUAUUAAGGCUUAUUGGCAUAUAUAUACUCUCUUACGAAUCCGUCCAACCGAGAAAGAAGAUUCAUCGGUACUUUUCGACACUCGUACAUUUACAAAACAUUGUAGCUGUAAUGAAAGAGAUGUGCAUACUGUAUACGAGCUGGAGAGGAACGUGCAUUUAGUUAUAUACAUACCAAUUUAUAUCUAGCAUCGUACUGAUGAGUACGUGUAUAUAUAUUUAUGACUGAAUGUAAUAUUAAACGUAUUUAUUUUUUAGCAAAA